AGUGGAUAUGGCGUCACUGAAAAGUGUAGGAGUCGAGAAACUUCACCCAUGUAAAUAACGUCAAGAAGAAAGCUCAGUGACACGCUGGAGGUAGCAAUACGCAGCAGUACAUAGCUAUAUUAACCAGCUUACUAACUAUGCCCCGGAAAAAGCCAUUUAGCAACAAACAGAAGAAGAAACAGCUACAAGUCAAACGGGACAGAAAGAGAGGUGACACAGGCUCAGGGCCGAACAGCCGCAAUGCCAGUGUGGAGCGAGGAGGGGAGAGACAGUCAGACACCUCAGACAGUGAGACCACUGAUGUUAGGAGAAUAAAUCAGCAGCCAUCCGGCAGAGAAAGUAGACAUGACCCAAACAGGUUUCGACUGCAUUUUGAGAGAGAGAGUAAAGAAGAUGUGGAAAAGGGGAAGAAGUUGGCCAGGGAGAAGGUACUGCAGCCAAUCUCGGAUAAGGAACUUGAGAUUAACAUCAAUGACAUCUUCCCCUCAGAUAAAGGUCUUGGUUUCCCACAACGGCCGGCUUGGAGUUAUGAGAUGACCCGGGAGAAUCUGCUUCGGAAAGAGGAGAAGUCAUACAGAGAAUAUCUGGACAACCUGCACGCCAAAAACGCAGCUGGGUCUCUCAGCCAUUUUGAGCACAAUCUGGAGACAUGGAGGCAGCUAUGGAGAGUGUUGGAGAUGUCAGAUAUCGUCCUGCUCAUUGUGGACAUCAGACACCCGGUGCUGCAGUUCCCCCCAACUGUAUAUCACUACAUCACAGGAGAUCUCCAGAAGCAGGUGAUCCUGGUGUUGAACAAAGCCGACCUGUGUCCUCCUCCACUAGUGAUCGCCUGGAAACACUACCUGACCUCACAGUUCCCCCACCUGCAUAUAGUCUGCUUCACCUCCCACCCUGGGCAGCCCUACAGCACAGUUCUCCAGAAGAAGAGAAUGAGAAAGAAGGCUGACUGGAGUCACGCUGGUGGUCCUUUAGAUAUCCUGAAGGCCUGUCAGGAGAUCACAGCAGGGAGAGUUGACCUAUCCAGCUGGGAGCAGAAAAUUAAGAGGGAUGCUGUUGCUGAGCAACUGGAUGGGGAGCGGCCUGAUGAAGGAGCGGAGUCUGUGCUGAUGGAGCAUCAGAGUGACCGGGCUAUGGACAUGGGCAGCCUUUCCCAAGAGCUCUACAAAGAUGGGGUUCUCACACUGGGCUGCAUAGGCUUUCCGAAUGUCGGCAAAUCAUCUGUUCUGAACAGCCUGGUGGCGAGGAAGGUAGUGAGCGUGUCUCGAACCCCAGGACACACCAAAUACUUCCAGACCUACUACCUCACCCCAACAGUCAAACUCUGUGACUGUCCUGGGCUGGUUUUUCCCUCCCUCGUGAACAAACAGUUGCAGAUCCUGGCUGGUAUCUACCCAAUAUCUCAGCUGCAAGAGCCUUAUAGCUCAGUAGGUUAUUUGUGCGCAAGGACCCCUUUCCUCUCAGUGCUGAAACUGAGACAUCCCAGCUUAAUGGAGAACAAACCCCAUCAGAGAAACGAGGGGUCUGAGAACCUCAGCUGGACUGCUUGGGAUGUGUGUGAAGCAUGGGCGGAGAGGAGAGGCUACAAGACGGCAAAAGCAGCUCGCAACGAUGUCUACCGCGCAGCAAACAGUCUCCUGCGGUUGGCAAUUGAUGGCAGGUUGUGCCUCUGCCUGAGACCACCUGGUUACAGCUGCUUGAGGGAGCACUGGGAAAAUCACCCAGAUUUGUCAGAGAUCAUUGCUCUGCAAGGAAGGACAGCAGCGGAGGGAGAUGUAGACAGAGACAACGACGACGAUGAUGAUGACGGAGAAUCCAGUACGGAACCAGAGGAAGAGAGAGACCGGGACGCGGACGAUGAUGAGGAUGGAGACGAUGAAGACGAAGGCCUGGUACAACCAAAGCAGAAGGAAGAUAAGCCUUCUGGUUUCACUGUCAACAUGUACAAUGUCCUCCGUGAAAAUGAGUGUGAGUGAUAACGGGGGUAAAGACAAGCAGGAAGACAUAAGUUGUUCCUCUUCCCUGACUCCUCCCCGUUAAUCCCAGUACACUUAUCUUUUUUUCUUCUUCUUUGCAUCUCCACUCCUCAUUUCAUUCGUCUCUGUACUUAAUUGACCCUGUCUCCCUCCUGCCUCAUGCUGUGCCUCAUCCAUGGCACUUGUCCUUUAGCGUUGCUUUUAGGAGUUGGUUUGAUUUAGUGUAUUUCUUUGCAUGUAGCUCUCGGAAGCAAGUGAACCAAGUAACUUCCCUCAGCCUGGAAUAAGAAACCAACUGGUUUUAAAUGUCUUUAUCCGCAAGUGACUAGACAGCUGACAUGCCAAAGUUCAAGAAAGGAUGACAAAAAUUAGAUGCACUGUUGAUAUGAGGUCAUUCACUGAAUUAGCCAUUUGGCUCUUAGAGCAGCUGGAGAUUUAGGCCCAAGACUCUAAAUCUUCUUUAUAGACCACAACUGUGGUUAAAGGGUGUGGGGAUGGGAUGUGAGAGAUUUUAGGCCAUAAAAGUGGACAAAUAAAAUCAAUAUUUUACACUUGCAGCUCUGCCGGUUAACAGUAUUAUGGCUUUAAGGUUAAUUUAUCUGAACUUGGUCUUCAUUUAGAUAAAUCUGUAUUCAAUGAGUGACAUUUUAUUUGGUGUGGUUCUACACCAUCUGCUGGAAUAUUCUAAGCGUGCGUGUGUGUGUUGUGGUGAAUCCUGUAUUGCUGGGCAAGGCUUUUUCAGGAAGUGGACUUGUAGUGUUUUAACUACUACAGAUAUUAUCUUUUGAUGCUGAUGAUCUACUGUAUUUAGUACAGGACUUUGGCCACACUCAAUUAGAUCAUUUGUUCAUGGCAGCGCAGCGGGUUUGUUAAACCGAAAAUGCUUAACGAUCAAUGACAGGAUUAUUUAGACAUUCUGGGAAAUCCUUUCCAAGAAGCAGAGGACCAGUUUGAUGAAGUUAUUUAUAAAAGCUUGGCUUAGCACAAACACUGGAAGAGGGGUGAAACGGCUAGCUCAUCGAGGUCCAGAGGCAGAAAAACACGCUUGCCAGGGCUUCUGAUAUUUACAGUAUCACAUUAUUAUUAUUAGUUUAAAAUAAUCCAGUAAACAUCCCCUGGGAAAACCCAGUGUGAGAUUCCAUAUGAAUCAAGAAAACCAGCUCAACGUGUUAGUGAGUUUUGCAUAUGCGUAUGUAUUUACAGUGCAGAUAUGGGUCAUAUGAAUCUUUUCAUCUGACUCUUUACAUUGAAGUGAAUACGCGUGUUUACCGAAACGUUGAACUUCCUUUCACCACACAGAAAGAGAGAUUAGUCAACUUUGCUUCCAUCAUUACAAACAACAUUACACACUCCAUCUGUGUUCUCGCUAACUAACUUCUACACAGGGCUCAACUUCAAAGUCACAUCUCUUAAUGCUGUUGAGACACACGCUGCAGACUAUUCUGUGUUCAUCAAUGUCAAGUUUUCAUCAUUUUCUGUUAACUAGAUUUGGUAUUUUAUUUUGCUGUUGACGAGCCCCUCACUCUCUCAUUCUGUGUGAUGGUCCCGCUGCAAUCCUGAGUGCUGUAAUAUUGUGUGCUGUUGUACCUCAUUCAUGUGUUCACCGAAGGAACUCUACAGCACCGUGCUGUGUUACUGUGUAAUGCAUCACACUGCAGUCAUUUCUACCAUGGGUGCAGUGUACAAGCAGACCCACAACACUACCAUGCUACUAGGAGCACAACAGACUUUUACUUUACGUGUCGACGGGAAAUUAUUUUUGUUGGCAGUAUUAAAACUGACAGCCUCUAGUUUGAAGGAUUGAGGUGUUUUCAGGCUGUUUGCUGCAUUCCUCAUUUCAUUCCUAGUAGAGCUAAUGAUGACUUGACUGCUUUCUGCAAUAAAAGAACAAUUCAUCUAAACCAUA